AUGUCUACACAACAUGAAGACCUGAUGAGCCAGAUCUUGAACCGUGAACCUGGAAAUGCUGAUAUAAUUCUUGCCAAUCUGGGCCUUGCUAGUUUGCCAUCGAGAGACGAGGUCCAUACACAAAUCGAACAGAACCUCCUUCUUCCAAAGUCAAGUCUCCCAGAUCAUUGGCUGCCCGCAUAUCAGCUGCAUUGGGAAACAAAAUUCUCCGUCCCAUCUCUGCUCAAUCUCGAGCCAUCUCCACCUCCUACAAGCCUAGCGUUCACUCGUACAGGUCUAAAAGGACGCGUAUCAGGAUAUACGGAAGUGUCUAAUCCUCGUCUGGCGACGGGAUUAUCUUCUACUGCUAUUGAUCGAGCUCCUGGUCCGAGUCGUAACUUCGUUAGAGGAAAAUCUGGUUACGUGCCUUUCUGGCCUGGGGGACUGGAUAACCUCAAGACGUCAAAGGACGUUGCUGAAUUCGAAGAAGGGUCGUCAAAGCUCAGGACUAUUGCUCCCGGAUUGUCGCGCGGCUUCAGGCUUCCCGGGGAUACCGCUAACGAUGUCGAUGCCGAUGUCGUCGGUUUGACCACUCCCGAUAAUACCAGAGGCAAUCCUGAUGACUCGGACGGACAUGCAUAUGGUCGUUCGGACGAAGAAACCGACGGCAGAAUGCCACUAGUGAAUGACAUGACAGAUAUCGACGAGCUUCUACCCACUAGCAGGAGCCACCUGAACCCAGUCCCCACUGCCCGACGACAGCUACGACGCGCGAAUGUGCAGAAACGCGAUUGGGCUCAUGAGGUGGAUGUCAAUAAGCCAAUGACUAACUUCCACGAAUUAGUGCCGGAAAUGGCGCACAAGUAUCCAUUCGAGCUCGAUACUUUCCAGAAGGAAGCGGUAUAUCAUCUUGAGAUGGGCGAUUCUGUCUUCGUCGCAGCGCACACAUCGGCGGGGAAGACGGUCGUGGCUGAGUACGCCAUCGCGCUUGCGGCAAAGCAUAUGACCAGAGCCAUCUACACGUCCCCAAUCAAGGCGCUUUCCAAUCAGAAGUACCGCGAUUUCAAGCAAACGUUUGGCGCAGCAUCGGUCGGUAUCCUGACAGGCGAUGUGCAAAUAAACCCGGAGGCCAACUGCUUGAUCAUGACGACGGAAAUCUUGCGUAGUAUGCUUUACAAGGGCGCCGAUCUGAUCCGAGACGUCGAGUUCGUCAUCUUCGAUGAGGUGCAUUAUGUCAAUGACGCAGAGCGCGGAGUAGUAUGGGAAGAAGUCAUUAUCAUGUUACCGGAUCAUGUGAACAUCAUUCUCCUAUCUGCUACGGUACCAAACACCAAAGAAUUCGCCGACUGGGUAGGGAGGACAAAGAAGAAGGACAUCUACGUUAUUUCCACCGCUAAGCGACCUGUCCCGCUUGAGCACUAUCUCUACGCUGGCAGAGACUUGCACAAGAUAGUUGACGCUGACCGGAACUUCAUUUCCGCAGGGUACAAAGACGCUCAGGAUGCCUUGCGUCGGAAGCAGGAUAAGGAACGCGAGGCUCAAGGCUUGCCGCCGGUCCAGAGGAUGGGGGCCCGUGCUGCGGCCCCACAGCGUGGUCAGCGGGGCGGGCCCCAGGCUCGUGGAGGUGGACAAAGGGGCGGUCCACCUCUUAGAGGAGCACCUGCCCGCGGCGCCACCCCCUCACGAGGUGGAGGUUCCGGAAGGACGUUCCAUCAGCCGGACAAGAAUCUCUAUGUGCACCUGCUUGGCAAUCUGAAGAAACGAGCACUGCUCCCUGUCGUCGUGUUCACAUUUUCCAAGAAGCGUUGUGAAGAGAACGCUGGAACGCUGACGAAUCUGGACCUUUCCACAUCGGUGGAGAAGAGCGAAAUCCAUGUCGCUGUUGAGAAGGCCCUUUCGCGGCUGAAAGGGUCAGACAGACAGCUGCCGCAGAUUCGCCGGAUGCGCGAGCUUCUUUCUCGCGGCAUUGGCGUCCAUCACGGCGGCCUGCUGCCUAUUGUAAAGGAGGUGGUCGAGAUCCUCUUCGCGCGCGGCCUCGUUAAAGUCCUCUUUGCAACAGAGACCUUCGCCAUGGGUGUCAACAUGCCCGCCAAAUGUGUGGUGUUCUCCCACAUCAGGAAGCACGAUGGGCGCAGCUUCAGAGAUAUUCUCCCUGGUGAAUACACGCAGAUGGCCGGACGAGCGGGCCGCCGUGGAUUGGAUGCGACUGGGACAGUCAUCAUUGUCGCGAAUGACGAGUGUCCUGAACAAACAACUUUGUCCCAUAUGAUCCUCGGAACGCCUUCCAAGCUACAGUCACAGUUCCGGCUAACAUACAACAUGAUUUUGAACCUGCUCAGAGUGGAGGCUCUGCGCGUCGAAGAAAUGAUCAAGCGAAGCUUCUCGGAGAACGCCUCCCAACGGCUUCUACCCGAGAACCAGAAGAAGGUAGUCCAGGUCGAGCUGGAGCUGGCGCAGAUGCCCCAGCUGGAGUGCGAAGUGUGCGCUCCUGACAUUGAACGGUUCUAUGACAUUACAUACGAUAUCGUCGAGUCGAACCAGAACUUGCUGAAGCUGGCCGGCUCCUCUGGCGGGCGAUACCUGGAACCUGGAAGAGUGGUAGUGCUACGAGACGGGCACUUCAAAUCAAAUAUCGGCGUACUCCUCAGGAAGGUUUCUCUUGCUAAUACCGAGGACAAUACUAAGCCCUACUACGCCCUUGUAAUGGUCUCUGAGGACACAAAGAGCAAGAAGCACGGUGCGUUAGGCGACUACGAUUGCGUGGCUAUUGUACUGACGUACAUUCCAUCAGACACCCGAUCAGUCCCACCGCGCUGGCCACUCAAACCCGAGUCCUUGCUAGUCGACGAGCCGGUGUAUGAGUUGACAGCUAUCAAGUAUGAAAGCAUCGCACUUGUCACAUCAGACGUCAUCAAGGUGGACGUCGGGAAGAUAUUAGAGAAACUCAGGAUCUCAGCGAUGAACGCUACGAUCCAGCAGCUCCAAGGCGUCCUCAACGGCUGGCUGCAGAAGAAUUUCAUUCCUGAGCCGGUAUGGGCAAGGAGAAGAUUCCUGGAAUUCCAAGAGCUUUUGAGGCAUAGGGAUGCCCUUGCAGCUAAGCUCGGAGAGUUCACUUGCACGUCGUGUCCAGAUUUCGAUGAUCAUUACAACUUCAUCCACGCAAGGAAGGUUCUUGAGGCAAACAUCGCCAAGUUGAAGCUCUCUAUCUCAGAACAGAACCUCGAACUCAUUCCUGAUUACGAACAACGGAUCGAGGUCCUCAAAGAGCUCAAGUUCAUUGAUGACAAUUCGACUGUAUUACUCAAGGGUCGUGUAGCGUGCGAGAUUAAUUCCGCGAACGAACUUGUCCUCACGGAGCUCAUCCUCGAGAAUACGCUCGCAGCCUACGAGCCCGAGGAAGUCGUCGCGCUCCUCUCUUGCUUUGUCUUCCAGGAGAAGACCGACGUUGAGCCUGUAAUCCCGCCGAAGCUCCAGGAAGGGCUUGCAGCCAUCGUGGCGAUCGCCGACCGGGUCGAACGGGUACAAGAUCGGCACAAGGUCCCCGGCGAGGAGUUCCGUACCUUGAAGCCCGGUCUUGUUGAGGUUGUCUAUGAAUGGGCGAAGGGGAUGCCGUUCGAGCAGAUCACAGAUCUUACAGAUGUCGCGGAAGGUACCAUCGUGCGCGUCAUCACACGAUUGGAUGAGACAUGUCGAGAGGUCAGGGAUGCAGCGCGGGUCAUUGGCGAUGCCGAGUUGUUCAAGAAGAUGGAGGAAGCGCAGAUCAAGAUCAAGAGAGACAUUGUAUUCGCUGCCAGUCUGUAUUUCUAG